UCUGAGCUGCGAUUGGUUCGCACCCAUGUCCCCGGAUCUCAGUGGGCGUCGCGCGAAGGGACGCUGAAGGGAGUGUGGCGGACUGCAGUGAGCGCACCGACAGCCGGCCGGCAUGCCUCGGUAUGCGCAGCUGGUCAUGGGCCCCGCAGGUAGCGGGAAGAGCACCUACUGUUCUACCAUGGUUCAGCACUGUGAAGCCCUCAGUCGCUCUGUCCAGGUGGUCAACCUGGACCCAGCAGCAGAGCACUUCAGCUACCCUGUGAUGGCUGACAUCCGGGAACUGAUCGAGGUGGACGAUGUGAUGGAGGACGAUUCUCUGCGGUUUGGUCCCAAUGGAGGAUUGGUGUUCUGCAUGGAGUAUUUUGCCAACAACUUUGACUGGCUGGAGAACUGUCUGGGCCAUGUUGAGGACGAUUACAUCCUUUUUGACUGUCCAGGUCAGAUUGAGCUGUACACCCAUCUGCCCGUGAUGAAGCAGCUGGUCCAGCAGCUUGAACAGUGGGAGUUCCGAGUGUGCGGAGUGUUCCUUGUUGAUUCUCAGUUCAUGGUGGAGUCGUUCAAGUUUAUUUCUGGCAUCCUGGCAGCCUUGAGCGCCAUGAUUUCUCUAGAAAUCCCACAAGUUAACAUCAUGACGAAGAUGGACCUGCUGAGUAAGAAAGCCAAGAAGGAAAUUGAGAAGUUCCUGGAUCCAGACAUGUACUCGCUGCUAGAGGAUUCAACAGGUGACCUAAGAAGCCAGAAAUUCAAGAAGCUGACGAACGCUGUAUGUGGGCUGAUCGAUGACUACAGCAUGGUUCGCUUUCUGCCGUACGAUCAGUCAGACGAGGAGAGCAUGAACAUCGUGCUGCAGCACAUCGACGUCGCCAUCCAGUACGGGGAGGACUUGGAGUUUAAGGAACCCAAGGAACAUGAAGAAGAGGCUUCCACCAUGUUUGAUGAAUAUUUUCAAGAACGGCAGAAUGAGUGAGGUUGACUACAAA